AUGUCCACAACCAAACCCAAGGUUGCCUUCGUCACCGGCGCGAACGGAAUUAGUGGCAACGCCAUCAUGGAGCAUUUAAUUCGCACACCCAAGACAGAAUGGUCAAAGAUUAUUAUCACCUCCCGCAGCCCCCUCAAGGCUCCUUACUGCCAUGAUGUGACACACGCUUACUAUACCUCCUAUGUGCAUACCGACGAUUUCGCACGCCUGAAGGUCUUGAACGUACCCCUGUUUAAGAACUUCCUUACGGCAAUUGAUCAAGUUGCAAGGAAUACUCUUCAAAGAGUGUGUCUCCAGACCGGUGGAAAGCACUACGGAGCGCAUCUGGGCCCGGUGAAGCAGCCAAGCAGCGAGGAACACCCACGGUACGAUGAUAACGGGGAUAACUUCUACUAUCCGCAAGAGGACUUUAUGUUCGCGAUGCAAAAGGACAGAGGCUGGACGUACAACAUUAUCCGGCCCAAUGCGAUUAUAGGGUUCACGCCAGGAGGCAAUGGAAUGUCUGAAGCUCUCACACUGGCCUUGUAUUUUCUCAUCUGCCGAGAAAAGGGAGAAUUCCCGCGUUUUCCUGGGAAUCAGUUCUUCUAUACCUGCCCGGACGACAAUUCAUAUGCACCCAGUCUUGCCGAUCUAAGCGUUUGGGCUACCACAGCCCCAGCGGCAGCGAAUGAGGCCUUCAACCAUGUGAACGGAGAUACAUUUGUCUGGAGGUACUUCUUCCCGAAGAUUGGGAAUUAUUUCGGCUUAGAGGUCCCAGAAACAACCAAAUUCGGCGCAACAGGCGAGGAGGGUACCCACAGCGAGAACGAAUUCAAAAUGGGUGAGUGGGCAGCUGACAAGAAGCCCGUGUGGGAGGAAAUCUGCCGGAAGUACGGCGGAAACCCGGAAGCCUUCAACUGGGGUACGUGGGGGUUCUUUGACUGGGCUGUCGGCAAGGCCUGGCCCACGGUCAGCUCUAUCACCAAGGCGAGGAAGUUUGGGUGGAAUCGGUAUGAUGACACCUACGAGAGUUGGAUUGAAACGUUCCGCUCGUUUGAAAAUGCGGGGAUUUUACCGCGCAACGGGGGUAAGAAGGUACCGUGA